GUUAAUGGGAAGAAGCGGGGCAGAGGGGAGCAACGGGGAGGUUGUUGUUGUUGUUGUCAAGGGCCUGGUGGUGGUGGUGAUGGUGGUGAUGGGCUGUUUGGGGGCCGGGUAGCGUGAGUGUGGGCGUGGGUGUGUGUUUGCUCUCAUGCGCCGCUUUUCGUUGCCGUUGGUGGUGGUCGCGUUACUGGACGGGAACCGGGAAGCUGCCGUCCUGCUUCCUGUGCUGUGUGCCCUGCGUGGCAGCACGCCAGUGGCGUUCGGCCCAUGCGUGUCGAGCGAUAUUGCCCUCUUCCGGCCGUGCCUCCGCUCCGCCGGUCUUCCCGGUGGUGAUGUGGGCGUCGGCCCCCUCUCGUGCUCACCCACGGCGUUCUCUCCGGUCGGCCGGGCCGUACCGCCACGCUCGGGCCGCUUGCUUGGCCGGAGCUUGGAGAGGAAGCUGGUCACGCUCGUGACAGAUCUGGAGAGACUCCUGCGCCUUGCAGCAUCGGAGGCGGAGGGGGAAGCAUGGGCCCCGUCCAGCUGGCAGAUCAGGGAGCUUGUGAUGCUUCCUGAUGUCGUCGUCGGGGUUGUUGUUCGCCGUGACGACGGCGAGUUGGUGCCCGGUCGGCCUCCUCGGAUUGGGAUCGAGGCCAUGGCCGCGGUUCUCUCUCUCGCAAAGCAUCUAAUACUCGUAAGAGUGAUGAACAGAUUCCCACCGGGUACUGAUGCCAGGCGGGCCUUCCCGACCCUUGGACGAGGCCGAACAGUAAAGCAAUCCAAACUAGUUUCGCCGAGCCAUCCGUUUCACGGGAAUGGAGAAGGCAGCUGCCCGGGCCAAGCAAGCACGAACAAGUGCCGGCAUAGGGCUUACUAGUGCGAGGCUUGUGCCCAUCGUGAGGAAGGGGCGGGUACCCGGUGUAUGGGGAAGGUUGGAACUUGGAACUUGGAUGAGCUCCAUUGAUGAGUUGGGUCAUUUUGGGAGAGUGUGCCAAAAUUGGUGAAAACGAGGAAGGAGGCCCAUGUCGUCCCGGCUUCCACGGAGCCAUCCUUGGAUGGCAACACCUUCCCUGUCCCGUCUUCUAGAAGCAAUGCAGUUGUAGAACUUCCCGGUUUCACACCUCACCGGCCUCUUCAACAUGGCACUUCCUUUCUUCCGUGGCCGAAGGCUUUCUCUAUCCCCUAGGUUAAACUCCACAACGGUCAGCCUUACAACGGCCCCACCUGGCAACAGUAACAAAACGG